UGAUUGAGGGCAGAGAGAGGCAGUCUGUAGAGUGAAGGAGCGGUGGAGAGACUGAGCUUGCAGCGGAGACGUGUGAACAGACACAAAGAGGAGAAACAGGACGCGAGGGGAGAAGAGGAAGUGAGAGAACCAGAGCCAGGGCGGGAACCAGAACCAGGACCAGAGGAGACCUGCAGGACAGAAGAGGAGAACCUGAUCCUCAGCUCUGAACACGCUCACUCACAUCUUUAUCUGGCUGCUGAUUGGUCGACUGCUGCUUUGCCCUGCCCACCGAACACUGCUGUCCAGACAAUCAGUGAUGGAGGUCUACAGUGUAACAGUAGCCACUGGUACAUCACAGUAUUCAGGCACCAACAACUAUGUGUUUGUGACCCUGGUGGGGGAGAGAGGGGAGAGUGAGCGCACCCUGCUGGACAACCCUGGACUGGACUUCUGUCGAGGAGCAGUGGACCAGUACAAGGUGACCAGCCCCUCCCCUCUGGGUUCUCUGCUCCUGGUCAGACUGGAGAAACAGAGGUACUGGGUGGAAGACAACUGGUUCUGUCGCUACAUCACGGUGGAGCCUCCAAGUGGAGACAAAGUCACUUUCCCCUGUUACCGCUGGCUCGUAGGAGACAUCAAGGUGGAGGUCAGAGCGGGAACAGCUAAGACACUGAGGGACGAGUCCUUAUCUCAGCUGCUGGAGCACAGGAAGACAGAGCUGCAGGAGAGGCAGAAGAUUUACAGAUGGGUAACGUGGGCUCCAGGGAUUCCCAGAUGUAUUGAUGCUAAAACAGAAGCAGAUUUACCUCAAGAUGUCCGCUUUGAAAACGAGAAGAGGAGCGACUUUGAACACUCUUUACAAUUCGCCUUGCUGGAGUUGUCUCUGAAGAAGUUGGCCAUCAGGUUUGGGAAGUCCUGGAAUGACCUGGAUGAUUUCAAAAGGAUCUUCUGGAAGCUGAAAAGCCCCAUAUCUGAGUACUGUAUGGAGCACUGGAAGGAGGACUGGUUUUUUGGCUACCAGUGUUUGAACGGCUCGAACCCCAGGAUGAUCCAGAAGUGCAGGAAGCUGCCAGAGAACUUCCCUGUCACAUCAGACAUGGUCCAGAGCUCCAUGGCUCCGGGGACCAACCUGGACAAAGAACUCAAGGCAGGGAACAUCUACUUGUUAGACUACGCCAUCAUGGACGGGAUCCCCUCCAACACAAUCAAGGGUAAACCUCAGUACAUCGCUGCUCCGCUCUGUCUCAUGUACCAACACCCAGAUGAAGGACUCAUACCUGUUGCUAUACAGCUGGAGCAGACUCCAGGCCUGGACUCCCCCAUAUUCCUGCCCAGAGACCCACCUUUGGCAUGGCUGUUGGCCAAGAUGUGGGUGCGUCACUCUGAGUUUCAGGUGUUCCAGCUGCUGUCUCACCUGCUCAGGACUCACCUGGUGAUAGAGGUGUUUUGUGUGGCCACUCUUAGGCAGCUGCCUGCGGUACAUCCUAUAUAUAAGCUCUUGGCCCCUCAUCUGCGCUACACUCUAGAGAUCAACUGUAGGGGGCGCACUCAGCUCAUCUCUCCUAAUGGCAUCUUUAAGCGGGUUGUGUCCACAGGUGGUGAUGGCCUGUUGAUUCUGGCUCAGAGGGAGUACAAGGUGCUGACCUACCGCUCCCUCCAGCCCCACAAAGAUUUUGCUGACAGAGGAGUGUCUCAGCUCCCAAAGUAUUUCUACAGAGAAUACAGUCUGAUGCUCUGGGACGCCAUACACAGUUUUGUUUCAGGUAUGGUGGACCUGUUCUACCAGUCAGACUCCGACAUGCAGGAGGACCAGGAGAUCCAGGCCUGGAUCAGAGACAUAUCACAGGAGGGCUUCACAGAGCUCCCCAACUUUGGUCUGCCCAGUACGCUCAGCACCAGAGAGGAACUGUCCACCCUGCUGACGGUGGCCAUCUUCACCAGUACAGCCCAGCAUGCUGCCACUAACAACGGACAGUUUGACUGGUGUGCCUGGGUCCCCAACACCCCCUGCACCAUGAGGCAACCCCCACCAACAGACAAGGAUGCUGUUACCAUGGAAAUGAUCAUGGCCACCCUUCCUGACGUCAGCCAGUCCUGUGUGCAGAUGGCGAUCACAUGGCAUCUGGGGCGAGCACAACCAGACGCUAUUCCUUUGGGCCAGUACACGGAGCAGCACUUCACUGAGGGCCGGGCUGUGGAGCUGAUCGAUGGGUUCAGAACAGAGCUGAAAGAAAUCGAGGACCACAUCCUGAGUCAGAAUGAAGGACUGGAGCUGCAGUACCUGUUCCUCCUGCCGAGCCACAUCGAGAACAGCAUCACCAUAUAGAAAUACAGACCACUCAGAGCAAGAUUAUUUUUGAUUUUUCUGUUUUAUUUUCAUUUAUUCAUUUUUUUAUUCAUCAUUGUUUUAAAAAAAAGAUUGUAAUUGCAUCUACUGCGAUUCAAUGUAAAAAUAAAAAACAAACAUUUUCUACAA